AUGAAAAGAAAGCAUGUCGAGGUCUUGGAAUCAAGAUACUCCUGUCCCGGCCUAACUCCUAACGUCCAAAUCCUGCCUAAGCCUCGCAUCACAGAAUGUGAAAGGAAAUUAAACGAGGUGAGUGGUUUCUUAGAUGAAGUAGACCUUAUCCCCGGAGUGAACAAUGAAUUGGCUGCGUUAAAUCCAAUUAUGGAGGCUACAGCAGUGCCUUCGACACAAUCUUCUCACAGACCACCUGGGAGGCACCCUGUACUACCCAGUUUUGGGGAUUUGGAUAAACUCGAACAGCUCGAUUUGAACGUAUUCAAGGCGACCCCGAGCUCCAGAUCUCCGGAACCUGAUGGAGGCCUGAUCUGUUGCCAGGCUCAGGUGUCCUUCGUGCGCAAUCUGGAGGGUGUGCCUCCUGUUUGUGAUCUCAACUCGGCACAGGCCCAGCAAGUUGUUGAAAAAGUCAACCAGGCCUUCCAUUCGGUGCUGCCCCUGUCUCGGUCUUCGAAACCACUCUCCUCAGGUGAGGUGUCACCUCGGGUCUUUGGUAGCCUCGAAGAGUUGUCCGGUGACGUGAAUCCUGACCUUCACUCCAUCUCAGAGGUUGGCAAGACACAGAACACCCUUUUGGUACAGCAGGUGCCUGGAACUGAUCGCUUUCGCUCUCUGCCCCAAUCUCAGGCGACGUUUCAGCCACAGGCACUCUCACCCGAGGUCAAGGUGUUGAACUGCUGUGAAGAGGGCAUCUCACAAUCGCUGAGCUGGGGCGUCGAAGACAAAGGUCUUGUGGUUGACAGCGUGGUCAACAGGACCGAUCACCUCCGAAUCACAGUCAGCUCUCAGAACGGCAAAUUGGGAGCAGCGUUCGUGCGUGGCGUUGGAAUGCUACAGAUGGGCUCAUCCGAAGGGCUAUCGUAUGCACACGACGCAAAAGGUGGGGCUAUUGUACAGGCGACCGACGUCAGUCAGGGCACGGGAAUGCAGAUCCGGGCUCGUCUAAAGGCUCGCAUGAUCGAGAAAAUUUUGGCCAGCACAGUAGAUGACAUGGCGCAUGUGCUGGGCGUCGGCGACCUUGAGAUCGGAUUGACCCUGGCCCCCGACAACAAAACAGCGGGCAUCGAAGUGUACACAAAGCCGAUGAAGGACGUAACGGAAAGCGAAAUGGUCUGGCGCAUGGAGGAGGCUGUACGUCGCCUGGCCGCAGUAGAGCGCGAGUUGAGGCUGGCAAUGCGCGGAAAAGACCCGGAAAUCAUGCCAGUCGAGUCACUGGAGGCUCUGGUGGUGCGGAUUAUGCGUGUUAAAUGUCUGGGCACCACGUACGCUCGAAAGUAUCUGAAUUCCAUUGUUAUCAACGAGUUGGGUGAAGUGAUAACGCCCCACAAAGGUAUGCUGUCUCAUAUGGUGCGCGGAAAUGCCUAUUCGCCAGAGUCUUUGAUGCCGAGACCCACGGAUCCUGAGGCCUUCUAUGUGUUUGCCGCAUACUUGGACCCCAUCGUCAAAGAGAUGAUCCGUCAGGACCAGGUCAGACAUCCGGAUCCGCCAAGUUAUGUCGACUGGCCGGAACCAAACGUGAAGCCAACGCAGGUGUAUAGCUACCGCGUUCGCUAUUCCAGGAAUCUUGAAGGUAUGUUUCUUACCAAUGGACCGCUUAUAUGUUCCAUUCUUACCUUAGACUUGUGUGCCAACCCACAAACGUUGUGGUUCAACAUUGAACCUAAUCAAAUCCAGCAGUACCACAACAUUUGUGAGUUGGCACACAAAUGA